CUCAACAGCACCACCACCCUGGCCCUGGGCCUGGGCCUCAGCCAGUGCACAGCAACAACUAGGCUCCAGCAGCCGCCAUUCUAACUGAGUGACUCUGCAUUAGCCUGGUCAUGUGCAAGACACUCUGGCAGGGGGUUGCAUCGGAGCCACGAUGGGCUUUGCAAGACAUGAGUUACUUGAUCCGUCUACGUUCAAUAGCGGCUACUGAAUUGUGCUUCUGAUUUGCAUGUGCCCGAACACAAUGGGCAAAAGUGAAGUCAGAGCUUCCUUCCUUUCGCUAAAGUUCGUCAUUUUGUUCGUCUCUUUAGCCAGCAUACAUUGUGAAGGGAAGUCUGUGGACCCGAGGUUGGGGGCUUCGCUCCUGCAGAUAGACAGCGAUCCAAUUGGAGAGGUGGACACAUUUGCAAGCUUGUCAGAAAAGGACAGGCAGCAAUGGGGCCGCUUGGGGUCAACCUCGCUGGCGGACAAGGCAAAAGCCCUGGGAAAUCUGGAAGUAGCUUCUGCUGUAGAGGUUCGGCUGGUGGGGUUUGAUGGAGAAGGGGCAGAGGCCAUCAAGUUGAAAGAGUCUGACUUGUGGCGCUACAUCACAGCAUUGCGGAGGGACCCCAGGAUUCAUGUCCUCCAGAGCGAACCGCAUUCGCUCCUUCUGCGGAGCAGCGUGCUCUUCCACAUCACCAAGGCACCGAGAACGCUGAGCCAUGCAAUCUGGGAUGCCGUGAGGCUGUCGCUGGAGAAGACGAAAGAUCGCUUUCCACCAAUCCUUGCGGAAACAGUCCCGGCCAACGUGGUGGACGAGAUAAUUGCGGACGAGGUCAGGCAGAGGAGCGGGCUUCUCGUACCGACUAUCUACAUACUCAACCCGCCACCUCAGGCCAGCAGCUACAUCUACGGUAGCGAGAAGGGCGGCCAGGCGCAGUUCUGCGGGGGUUCGGUCUGGGCCGGCACCAGCGAGCGCUACAUGUGGGUUGACAUCACAUCGGGCCCGUCGAUCUAUGGCCCCGUCUUUGAGGGGGAGGGGGGAACAAGUCCGAAGAGCAUUCCCAAGCCUGCGCAUUAUGGGCCGGAGAACUGGAGCAGAGCGUUUGUGGCGGACCUGGUGGGAAUGGUGGCCGAUGCUGCGGAGCACAUGUUUGCACCGCCGAUGGACCGGUUCCCAGUUCCUUACACCCCUCUGACGGAGGUGCAUCUCAUCCAUAUUCGGGAGGGGCCGGCCCUUAAGGGCACAGGGCUGGAGCAGCGGGACGAGUUUGGCCUCAAGGAGAUUGAGAACAUCGUGACCACCGAGCUGCUGCUCCCCCGGCAAAGCGUCCGCUUCAUCGAGACGUCCCUCUCGCUGGGCGACUGCGAGUUCUGCAUGGCCGCCUUCGGGCGCGCGCUGCGUACGGCCACUCGCCCCCGCGACGAGGGCCCCUCGAGGCGCGCGUUCCAGGGCAGCCUCGCCGCGACCGCGUGGGAGUACCUGGACGCCGCCGAGCUGCACCACUGGCUGCAGGUCUUCCGCCGGAACAUCCUGACGGAGGUCGGGCGCAUUCACGGGUCGUUCCGGACCGCGGAUGGCCAGCCCGGGACACGUGUCAUCCCGGUGUACGUGUUUGACCAGGACACGGACACGCCAGCGUGGCUGGACCAGGCGCGCCAGGCGGUGGCCUUCGAUGACAUGGUCAUCGCCGUCCGGGGGAAGGGGCCAUGGCAGCCCUCCGGUUUCCAAUGCAACGGCCAGAUGGCGAUGCUGAAGCCGGAGGCGGUCCCCCGCGCGUUGCUCGCGGCGCUGCUCCAGACGGGCUGGGGCGUGGCGCCGUCGUACGAGACGUGGUCCGUGUUCCACAACGCCACGCUGCACGACUGGCUCUGGUCCAUUGGGCGGACGCCCUUCGGACCGCUCUCGGACGUCCUCGGCAUCUCGUUCGUGCAGCGGACGGCCGCGCAGCGCAACGUCGUGCUCACGCUGCUCCACCGGGCGGUGGAGGAGGCGGGGGAGAUGCUCCGGGCGGUGCAGAGCUAUGGCGGCGAGCAGGUGCUCCUCUCCCCGGCCCGGCACCUGGAGUACUCGCAGCGGUGGGGGGUGCUCGCGCACAAGCUGGACAAGUGCGCGGAGGCCCUGUCGCUGCUCAAGUUCCCCGUGGCGCUCUACUUCGCCCAGUCUGCGCGCCACGACCUGCAGGGCCUCCAGGCGCUGCUGCAGCAGGGGGCCGGCGAGCUGACCACCCUGCUGGACUGCUACGAGGAGCCUCCUUUUCCAUACUUGGGGGUAGGCUCUACCGUUGGCCUUCUUGCUGUUGCUUUCUAUGUAUACACGAAACGAGAACAGUUAUUCAAAAACAAAAGGAAGCAGUUCUAAGAGUAAUCUUACUGGUCAUUGCCAAAGAUGCGUGAUAUGGGCGAUCCACUUGCAGCAAGCGAGCCGUAUGCUUCUAUAGAUCAUGGCAUUGAAUGUCGAUCCAGAACGGGCCUGGUGUACUGAAGACUGAAGCUGAAACUUAAGUUUGCCUCUUGGGAGCCUGAAUUGUUCCCAUGGUUCCACUUCUGAUCCAG